AUGUAUCUAUAUUUUUUCUUAUUUCUGUUCACACUUACCAAAAGAAACUUUACAGUAUAUAUUAAAAAGAAGGGAGAUUUUUUAAAUUCUAUGCAUUUCCUUUGCCCAAAUGUACCAAAAAAAUUAUUUCCUCUGAUUUUCUUAUCCAAAAAAGAAUCUACUCGUCAUGAAAUAUACAGAAAGAGAUUUGAAAGAAAACUAAAAGAUGCAAUACAAGCAAUUUUAUACAAAAAAGGAAUAAAAUUUAAUUAUAAAUAUCAUAUUGAUGAAGAUAUAAUAGAAGGUAUAACCGUUUAUAAGGUUGAACUGAAUAGCGAUUGUUCUGUUGCCAAAGUUUAUGUUGAAAUAAUGGGGGAUUCCAUCGAUUCUAGACAAGGCUUCAUAUGGAUAAAGAAAAACUGCAAAAUUAUUAGAUAUAAACUAGCUCAAUUAAUGAAGGAUAGGAAAAGAGUACCUUUUCUAAAUUUUGUUUUAAGUAAUCUAAGUGAACAAACGUUAUUAUUUUGUGAAAUGGAAAACAUAAAGGAGCAUUAUGCAGAUAUGUUUAAGGACGAUUUGGAAAAAGCGGGCAUAGGAACCGAGGAAAAUUGGCAACAGUAUAUGGAACAAAACGACGACAUAAAAUAA